AUGGUAAAGAAAUAUGAUAUCAAAGUUCUUGUCCUUACUGAGGUACGCAUAAGUGGCAUGGUGGCUGUCAGAAAGAUUAAACAAAUAGGGUUUAGUGAUCACCUAAAGCAAGAUGCUAAUGGGUUUUCCGGGGGAAUUUGGGUCAUAUGGAAUAAGAAUGAAGCUGAAUUAUCAUUACUGGCUACUCACAAACAAUUUAUUCACGUCAAAAUUAAGUGGGCUGUGAAUAAAAUGGUGGAGUUGGCUACCUUCGUUUAUGGUAGUCCUAGGAGAGCUGGCAGACGUCUCCUCUGGGAAGAAUUAAAUAAUAUCAGCCUCAGUGUUAACAAACUGUGGAUCGUGUUGGGGGACUUCAAUGCGGUGAGCCAGCAUCAUGAAAAGAAAGGGGGCAACGACGCCUGUCAGGGAAGCAUGAGGGAGUUCAACGAUUGCCUUGCGAGCUGCGAUCUCUCGGAUAUUGGCUUUAAGGGGUCGUCCUUUACUUGGAAGCGUGGCAGACUUUUGGAGCGGCUGGAUCGGGUUGUGUCUAAUACGGAUUGGGUGGGUUCAUGUCCUCAGAGGUUUAUUCUUCACCUCCCCUUCCUGUGUUCUGACCACAGACCACUUCUAUUAUGGGAAGGGAAACGCCACAGCCAAGGGAGAGCAAACCGCACCUUCAAGUUCCUUGCAUCUUGGCUUCAUUGUGAUGGGUUUGAUGACUUAGUCAAACGGUGCUGGCCCGAUGAGACCAAAUGGGAUGUAGGUAGCACGACUUUCCAACAUGAGGCCACGUUGUGGAACGAUACAACUUUCGAAGAGAGCAUGUGA